GGCACUGUUGCUGAGAAGGGGAGAAAGGAGUAGUGGGACACAGAGACAUUAAGAGGGGCUCCUGUGAAAAGGAUUCACCUUUGACUGAAUUAAAACGUUAGUGUACCAAAGUCUGAUCUGACCUCUAAUCCAGCUGAUACACACACACAUUUAUGGACACCAUGGAUGGAGAAUCACCCAAACAGGACACAUCCGGUUCCACGGAAUCAACCAAUCACACUGACACCAACAACAACAGCAACCAGGCCGGCGAGCCACAGGUGGUGGAGAAUAAAGACUUGGGGGAAGGAGCAGAAGGUCAGAGGGUAAUGGAGACUGAGGAUAAGGCUGAGGAAGAUACUGUAUCAGAAGAGGCAGAAAAGGAGACGUCAGGAGACACAAAGAAACCUCAGACUGUGUCACAGUCUGGUGAAGGUGAUACUGAAGCAGCUGCACAAGAUAAGGAGAAAGCAUCUACUGGUGAUGAGGUGAAGGAUUCUGAACGUGAAGGAAAAGAUAAAGAGGAGGAGGCAGAAGAAACCAAGAAAAGAGGGCAAGCGGCAGAGAUCCAGAGUAGUGAGACUGGAAAAGAUGGAGAGGACAUGAAGGGCAAAGAGAAAGAGAAAAAGGAAGAAGGUAAAGAUGUGAAAGAACAAGAGGCAGAGAAGAAAAAACAAGUGACGGAGGUAGAUGCAGAGCCAAAGGACAAAGGAAAGACAAAAGAAGCAGAAAAGCAGGCAAAGCCCAAAAGAAAGAGUGGUCCCCCCUCCUCUUCUCUCUCUCGACCAAGACCCUCUGCACGCUCCAUAAGAGCGUCUGCUAAAAACGACAUCAUCGCCAAGUUCCAGAAGGGCGCACCAGAGACACCAAUGCCUCGCAACUUCAAGAUUCAGAAGUCAUCUGCUGCCGUGGCUACAGGAGCUUCAAUCAAACAGAAGAUACUUCAGUGGUGUCGCAACAAGACACGGAACUACGAGGGCAUCAACAUAGAAAACUUCUCUUCAUCCUGGUGCAAUGGGAUGGCAUUCUGCGCUCUGAUUCAUCGUUUCUUUCCAGAUGCUUUUGAAUACAGCUCACUGAAGCCAGAGGAGAGGGAGAAAAACUUCACUCUGGCCUUCAAAACUGCAGAGUCCUUGGCUGACUGCUGCCCUCUGCUGGAAGUGAGUGACAUGCUCAUGAUGGGUAACAACCCAGACCCAAUGUGUGUGUUCACAUAUGUCCAGUCCCUGUGCCACAGCCUCUCCAAAAUAGAGAAAGAGAGGAAGGACAAAGAGAAGGAGGAGAAAGAGAAGGCUGGUAACGAGGAAGAAGAGAAGGACAAAGGAGACGAUGCAGCAGGAGAGGUGUCGCCAGAGAAAGAUGAGGAAGAGUCUGCUGAGAACGAGACGAUGAGCAGUCAGGAGGAUAAACCAGUAGACGGUACAGAGAUGGAGGGCACUAAUGAGGAGGGGAGUCCAUCAAAGAGCUGCGAGGUGGAGGAAGGUCAGAGUUCAUCAGUCGAGGCAGAGUCUUAGACAGACACUGGCAAACACAAAGACUGAAAAGACCAAAAAAGAUUGUUUAUGGUACUACAAGGAGCAAGUCUUAGUCUGGCAUUGUUGGACUGACUACUGUCGGAGUAAUGAGGUACAACAAAAAAUCACUCAAAACUAAAAUACUGGUGAUGAUGAUGUCUCGUAGUUACAGCGUGUUUGAAAAUGUACUUCUGUGUGUGUUUUUUCCAUUUACGGAUAUGCUGUUUUUUUAUGUUGUUCUGAGCACGAAAAGCAAGAAAUUGCUGUGUAUCUAUGAAAAAAUAAUAAUGAAACAAAGAUCGUGAAUUAAAAAGCUGCUUGUGCAAUAAGAAAACCUUGAAA